AUAAGUGUCACAAGCAUGUUUUUAACUUUUUACUGUGUCACAAAGGACACGUGAACAUUUGCAAUGAUAAAAAAUUCCUUGUUGACUCUAGCCUUCAUCUCAACUGUGCACGUUUUAAAGGGAACAAAGACGAGUCUAGGAGAAUAUCCAUUUAUGGUAAUACUCCAGGACGUCUGCAAUGCAUCUGUAUGCAGUGGCACUUUAAUAUCACUAAAGCACGGACUAACGACUGGGCACUGUUGUGAAAUUUUUUUACCGGUUUACGUAAUAGCCGGAGAUUAUACAACACCAUCUAAAGCAAGUGAUUCUCGAGACACGAGGAAAAUUAUGUUUACUGUUAUCCACCCGAAGUAUCGCAAGGCAUUUAUUAAGACGUUAGAUGUAGAUGUUGCUGUGUUUAAGGUACGGACUCCUUUCAACCAAUCCACAAACCUUGCACCAAUAGCUAUUAGCGUACUUUUUCCCUCGAGGCAUGAAAAAUGCAGGGCAUUGGCAUGGACAUCAGUGGGACUCGAAUCCACCGGACAAGAACUUCAUUAUGAAGAUGUUAAAAUUGAAGGAGCUUUGAUUCUUCCUCAAUCAAUAAUUCUCCGAACCAGUUGCAGUUGUUUUAAUAUGCCUCGUCAGGGAAACCACCCCAUUCCUAGUAUAAAACUCGGGGGUCCGUUGAUAUGCAAAUAUUCGAAGCUUGAAUUUAUCGGAACUUUGGUAGCUACCAAGGGACCGUCGGCCUUCUUUCUGAGUUUGGCAUCACAUAAAAUUUGGAUAAAGAUGGUUAUGGACUGGAAUGGCAAUGGUUCGCCUCCAUUGGCAAGUGUCAGUCAAAGAAUCCACGGUUCGUUAUUUGUGAUCUUCAUUAUCGAACUAGCGAGAAUCAGUAACAUAUUCAAAUUAUUCAGAAAUAUUUUAUUCAAAACAUAAUACUACGUUAUAUUGAAGUAUUUAUUGUAAUUUUUUUUUUAAAAAAAACCUACAUUUUUCUUUU